AGACAUCCGAGCGCAACCGAGCGCUCAUUUCCGUUUUCGAAUCCGACGUCACCUACUCUGAAAGCCCGUGUGUUUUGUGUUUCUUUGGGGCCACGAUGAUUAUCGCUAAUUUAACGUUGAAAUUAUUGAAAUUGAAAUUAGAUUUCUUCAUGUCGUAAAAGUAUCUAAAGCAAAACAUUAAGCAAACAGUUUCAUCUAUAAUUAACAAAUAAAUAAAAACUCGUAACAUACGAAAGACGUAAACAUUUAACUAGCAACUUCACAUCACAAACUAAAUUGUGAUCAAAAUGGGCAUCCAAGAUUUGCAAGUCUUUCUGGAUUACAACUCUAUACAAGGAGGAUCUGUACCAGUUGAUCUGUUAAAAAUAGCACGUACCAUUACUCAAAGACAGCAUAAUCGUAUUGGCAAGGCGCAGCAGUUACAUUCUGGAAAAUUAAGAUUAGUUCUCGAUGGGGAGUGCUGUUUAGAUAGAUUAUAUGGUGGUUACUUCUCAGAUUGGACUUGUGGAGGACAAUGGAAUCGAAUGCUACAAUUUUUGGCAGUCCUCAUACAAGCAACUGAAAUGUCAGGUUUGGAACUAGCCGUGUUCUUUAACGGAUGUUUUGAAUCUCCCCGACUUGCAGACUGGAUAAAGAAUCAAUUGCACGUGAGAUUUAAUGUAAACAAUGUAUUGAAACAUAUUUCAAUAAAAGGUACCCCACCACCAAAAAUUUGGUGGACUCCACCAGUAUGUUUAAGAACCAGUCUGCGAAUGGCUUUGAGACAUUUAAACGUUACAGUUUUAUGCAGUAUGGAUGACCAUCAUCAAGAAGUAAUUGCUUAUUGUCGUGAAAAUAACUUCAAUGGCUUGAUUGCUGAUGAUGCAGAAUAUGCAGCCUUUGAUCCUCCACGAUAUUUCUCAUCUGAACAGUUAAAGCUUACAUACAAGGGCUCUCUUGACACAAAGGAAUACAUUCUUCCUGAACUUUUAAAAUCAUUGAAUAUCCCAUCUGAUAGACUGUGCUUAUUAGCUGCAUUACUUGGAAAUUAUAUCUUAACCGAGGAAGAUUUGGCUGAUUUCUACAAUGAACUUAAUAUCAACCUGAAAUACAGUAAAUUGAACGUGGAUGCGAAUGAACGUACAAUACAAAAAAUCGCCAGUUUCGUUAAAGAUCUUCCAUCCGUUGAGUUGGACGUGGUGGCGCAAAAAGUAUUCGGCAUUUUGUCAGAUCCAAGGUGUUCUAAACUGAGACAGUCUGUUCAAUAUUAUAUAAAUGGAACCAAAGAUGGGUUUUUGCAUUACAAACCAGUGAAACAAAAUAGAGUGCAUAAAUUGGACUCGAAACAAAAUGUAGUACAAACACAGUCGAAUUCAACUGAAACGCCGGCAACGGCUUCAGAAGCUGAUUCCAAUUUAGAAACAUCCAGAUUCGCGUCUGAAACUGUGGAGAGUGAACGCGAGAGUUUAAAUGCGUACAAGCAAGCGACAGCGAAUGCAAAAUCCGCACCACAAAUUGUAAUAGACCCGCCCGGUAUUCAGGGUCACGGAGAAAACCAUAACGUUAGAGCGAAAGAAGAACAAAGUAAUGGACACGCUGUCAAUGGUACUCACAAUCUUCUAAUUAGUUCGUCGAGUUCGAGUAGCAGUUCUUCCGCCACUUCUCCAUCCCAUGCGACAGCCGAUUCUGCUAAGCAAGCGGAGAAGACAACUAGUGUUCCCACUACGGUGCCGGAAGUAAUGCGUACCGCAUCCGAGAGGCAUCAGAAAGGAUUGAUGUCCCCUCACAUUUACCAGAUUCUUAUCGCCGGCGAAAUUAAAUUACCGGUCCUCUUGGAGGACGAGAAUCACCGCGAAUUCCCAUCUAUUCAUCUCAUCUAUAGGCCCGUGCGGCAGAUGGUGUACGCGAUAUUGUUUAAUCUUCAUCACCGGAUGUAUUUAGCUGCUAAAAGUAAAGAAAAAGGUGAUACUGAAAAAAUUGAAGUCCCAGACGUUGUGAUAAAAGAAUGGGUAUGGUCCAAAUCGAAUCCAUACCAGACUCCGGAAUCGGUGAAAGCGGAACAAAUUGGUUGGGGCGUUCCAACGAUUCAACGUUUGUGGUUUGGCACUGGCAUAGAUGAUAAACGUCGCCGAUUGCGAGGAUUCUUGACCUGUAUGAGGUCAGAUACCCCUCUCAUGUUAAACACUACCUACGUACCACAACACCUGUUAGUCAUGGCUUGUGUGUUACGAUACAUUAUGUCAUUCUCAGAUGUGAUCAAGAUCCUACGUCGUCAGGAACUAGAUGCUUUUAUUGCGCAAGCAUUUUCACCUGAACUUAUGAACGCUCAGUAUUUACAAGAUCUUCAGCUUCCCUUAGUGACGUCUCGCGGAGUACAACUAGCUACAUUAUUUAUGGCUGGCGUUGAAACUGCUCUAUUGGCCAAUGAUGCUUGUGGUGCGCCAAUCCCAUGGUUAAUGUGUUGUCCGUGGUUGUAUUUCGAUGGUAAAUUAUUCCACCAUACGUUAGCCCGUGCUACGAUAGCGAAAAACCUAUUGGAACUCUGCAGUGGCCAUAUAGAUCGCGUUGUGAAAGUUGAACGGAUGAGGAAAGCUGUACUGGAGGGUAUGAAUGUUGUUUUCGCACGACCACCGAUGCCUGUUGCACCAGGUAUUCGGGUGUCUGUACCUCAGAAUAUUUUAGCUGCCAGUUGCACAAUUAAUGACGGUUUAAUGCGCGGCCGCGGAAGCGGGACAAUGCCCCAACGCGGGUUAAUGCGACGACCUAUACCAUCUCGCGGUGGUCAAUUAGAAAUUGCCGGAGUAGUUGUUGGUCAGUGGGGUCCUAAUUACGGGCAACCAGGUCGCUUGCCCCAACCACUGCAAGGGCAUCCUCGCGGACGGCUUCCACCACAGGUAACGUCAAUCGGUGGUCUGAAAUAUGGCCUGCCACGUGGCUUCACUCCUAUGGGUCGGCCGACAUUUCAGGCGCGUGGAAACAAUCGCACGCAAAUAGCAGGACGUGGAAAGAAGACCCAGAUGAAGGCAACAGGUAAGAAGAAGGCCACUGUGAAAAAAGGCAAAGAAUGCGAGAAGAAAGAUAGCAGGGGACGAGGUAACGGCGUUGACGGAAUAACCGAUUACAACGAUUCGAUUCCGAACACGAAUGCAACAAAAGACCCGCUGCCGGUGCCAGGCCAGUUCGAAGACGCCGUUGAAAAUGGCAAAGGAAUAGAAAAAGGGCAGGGAGACGCUUCUCUCGUCGCUUCAGUCACCGCCGAGAAUUAGGUAUUUAUAUAUAUAUACAUAUAUAUAUGUGACUUUUUAUCGACUUUUAGACACUCCCGGAUGUGACUUAAGACUGCAAUCAAAAUCUUAUUAUACAUGUAACGGGGUGAUUGUGCGGUACACGGCAUUUGAACGUUCCAAGUUUUACCGGCGAAGAAGAUUCAGUCGAUAAUUAGUUUCCUUUCACACGACCGAAGGAAGCGGGGGAAAAGAAAAAGAAACAUUGUUUCCACAGUGUGGUUCGGGUAUGUUCGAAGAUGCAGCGAGCGACACGUUGAUGAAUCGCCUUAACAUUUCGCACAACGGCGCAGAGAGAGACCCUUCAAAUGUCCGCGCGCAGAAUCACUCGAUAAUGUCUAAAGCUCUGAUGGGGCCAAACUAAUUAAACUAAUAUA